AUGGCUAACAGUGCAAAGUUCAGAUUGAAACUUCUCAUCGAUGAGAAGAGAAACAAAGUUGUUUUGGCAGAGGCUGAUCAGGAUUUUGCUGAUGUGCUCAUCAGUCUCUUGACUCUCCCAAUGGGUACAAUUGCCAGAUUGCUGGAGAAUCACAAGUCAGCCAUAGGCUGUUUUAAUAACCUGAACAAGAGUGUUUCAGAUAUGGGCGUUGGUCAUUUUGAGACCGAAGCUUGCAAGAGUAUGUUGCUUGAUCCGAAGAGUACUAAGGAUAUCCAUCGCAAAAGGCUCAAGCUGAACAUGGGUGUUACUACUCCCACCAGGUUCUUUGUGUGCCCAAAGAUGAAGAGUAAUUUAUGCAGCAGCAGGACAUACAGCAAUCUUGACGGCUCAAGAUGUAGUUGUGGAGCUUUGAUGGACGAUCCAAUUCUGGUCCCAGAAGAAGAGCAAGUUGGAGAAGUGAUAGGAAACAGUGAAGAUGGAGUGUUUGUCAACUGCCGAUCCUCAUUCAUCGUCACUGCUGAUUUGAAACUAACACCUAGCUCUAUUAGUGUCAUCACGAAAGCACUUAAUGAUCUAGGGUAUGUUGGUUUUACUGAUCUGCGGGAAACCCUACUUGAUGUAGGGUACGAAGAGGUGCUGUCUCUAUUGGGAUGUUUAUUCAAUUCAGAAGAUCUCUUGACAUGCGCAUUCCUCAGAAAAACUUGCAUGCCAAGGAAGCAUGAAAUGUUUUCUCCACCUGCGCCAAUAAAGGGGAGAGUAUGUUCUGUGAAAGUAUUUGUUAGAAAGCUUGACAGAGAGAUUAUUUAUGUAGAGUGCAACGAAGACUUCAUUGACUCUCUUCUCAGCUUACUGGUUCUCCCUCUUGAGUUUGCUUGUUCAUUGUCUAAUGACAAUACCAUUUUGGGAUGUGUUGGGAACUUAUGCAGAAGUCCUUGUAGAGGAAAAGCUUCCAAGAUUUGUUAUGUGCCUGCUUACUAUAUUUGCAGUAACAACAAUCUGAUCGAUUAUAAAAGCCAAUCAAUAGUGUAUGAAUGUCUGAUUCCUCGUAACUGUGACUAUUCUUCGAGCUGCAAAGUCGCCAGGCACAUUGAUUGGUCUCUCGUAGAUGAUGGCAGAGUUGUGACUUUGUAUCCAAAAGUCAAGUCUGGAAUUUUAUCAGGAGGUGGGACUGGGUUUAUGAAGAAAAGUACAAAGUUUGUCGUGUCUAAUGAUCUUGUCAUAACUCCGAUGAGUUCAUCUUCAAUCAUUGGCUUGUUAAAGAAGAUGAAGGUUGACAUCAGUGAUCUCGAGGAGUAUCAACUUAGCAUUUCCAAAGCAGAGCUCAUUAGCAUUCUUAGAGCUUCCUUGAUCUCCUCCUCUGCAUUGACCAUUGGUCUCUCACACCUGCUCGUGAAGUAG